AAAAUGUUUGGAAAAAAAAAUAAAAAAUUUAAAUCACAGCUGAAUUGUUGCAUGCAAGGAAUAAAGGUUUCUCUUCUGCUUCUGCAACAAGAAUCUUUGCCUUUUUCUUUUUCAUGGCCGUCUCUUUAGACUUCGAAAGAAAGCACAUGAAAUAAAUAACUGCAAAAUAAUACACUUAAAUGAAAGACUGUUGGUGUUCUUUUAUUGAUCCUGAGAGUAAAGAGAGAGAGAAAAGUCGUGGCAUUAAUUUGCAGUCUGCUUUUUUAUUUUUUGCUACAGGGCUCAAGAAAAACUUGAGGGUUUGGAUUUGAUUCUACUUGCCUUGUAUUCUUGAAGAUUUUUAGAGGGAUGGAAUGGGCAGUAGUUUCGUUUCCAGAUCAUUUUAAAGGCUUCUUCACUUCCAGUGAAGUGAAACUGGUUUGAAUAUCCACUCUGUGAGCUGAUGCCCAUUUCCCAGUUCUUGAGAGCUCGUCAACAUCUUCUAUGCCUUGCUCCUUGUGUUGAUUCUUUACACACAACAAAUGUCUAAGGCAUUCCAAUGUUUUGCAAUCCUACUCGGCGUUGUCCUUGUGCUUUUAAUUAGUGGUUCAGAUCAAUUACAAUCCUCCCAGGGUGAAACCCUUUUAAGAAUUCAGCGGCUUUUGAACUAUCCAUCUGCUCUAAGCAGUUGGAAUAUCACCACUGACUUCUGCAAUACCGAACCAAAUGCUUCUGUAACUGUGGUAUGCUAUGAGAACAGCAUAACACAGCUGCAUAUUAUUGGCAACAAGGGAACUCCUCUUUUGCCUAGAAACUUUUCAAUUGAUUCCUUUGUCACAACGCUUGUUGGUCUGCCGAACUUGAAAGUCUUGACAUUAGUUUCUCUGGGUUUAUGGGGUCCCUUCCCUGGUAAAAUUGCACGUCUGUCUUCAUUGGAAAUACUUAAUGUGAGUUCAAAUUUCCUAUACGAUGCUGUUCCUCAAGAAAUUUCAUCACUCGCUGCCCUCCAAUCACUGGUUCUUGACGAUAAUAUGUUUGCUGGUGAGUUGCCAAAUUGGAUCGGUUUACUUCCAGUUUUGUCUGUCUUGAGUCUCAAGAAGAAUAUGCUCAACGGUUCAUUGCCAGAUUCAUUGAGUAAUUUGGAUAAUCUUAGAGUUCUAGUGCUUUCGCAUAACUACUUCGGAGGAGAAGUUCCUGAUCUUAGCAGUUUGACAAACCUUCAAGUGCUUGAUUUGGAAGAUAAUGCUCUUGGACCGCAGUUUCCUCUGCUUGGAAACAAGUUAGUUUCUCUUGUGUUGAGCAAGAACGAGUUCAGGGAUGGCCUUCCUGAUGAAGUGACCUCCUAUUAUCAGCUUCAACGGCUAGAUCUCUCAAAUAAUAAAUUUGUGGGACCAUUUCCACAAUCAUUAUUGUCAUUGCCUUCAGUAACUUACUUGAAUGUUGCAGACAACAAGUUCACAGGAAUGCUUUUCGAAAACCAGUCUUGCAGUGCUGACCUUGAGUUUGUGGAUCUGUCCUCAAAUCUUAUGACUGGAAAUUUGCCAAAUUGUCUUCUGCAAGACUCCAAGAGAAAGGUCUUGUACGCCGCGAACUGUCUGGCAACUGGUGAUGAAAACCAACACCCUAUUUCCCUCUGUCGUAAUGAAGCAUUAGCUGUUGGGAUUUUGCCCCAGAGAAAGAAAAGGAAAGCUUCUAAAGAAACUAUUGCAUUCGGUGUCAUUGGAGGGAUUGUUGGAGGCAUUGCCCUUGUUAGUUUAAUUUACUUAGCCGUCGGAAAGGUGAAAUCAAGGAAGACAAUCAAGAGACCAAAUACUAGACUAACUACAGAGAACGCGUCAACAGGGUACCCUUCAAAUUUGCUCCCAGAUGCAAGGUAUAUUUCUCAAACAAUGAAGCUGGGAGCACUUGGCCUGCCACCGUAUCGUACUUUUUCACUAGAAGAGUUAGAGGAGGCCACUAACAAUUUUGACACAUCUGCUUUCAUGGGUGAAGGUUCUCAAGGGCAGAUGUAUAGGGGGCGGCUUAAGGAUGGUUCCUUAGUUGCUAUCAGAUGCCUAAAAAUGAAAAGAAGUCAUAGUACCCAAAACUUUAUGCACCAUAUAGAGCUGAUCUCGAAACUAAGACAUCGGCAUUUGGUCAGUGCUCUUGGACACUGCUUUGAGUGUUACUUGGAUGAUUCAAGUGUCAGCAGAAUAUUCCUAGUUUUUGAAUAUGUUCCAAAUGGCACGCUAAGAAGCUGGAUCUCUGGAGGACAUGCCUGGCAAAAACUUCAAUGGACACACCGUAUAGCUGCUGCAAUAGGUGUCGCGAAGGGCAUCCAAUUUUUGCAUACAGGGAUUGUGCCUGGAGUAUAUUCAAAUAAUCUGAAAAUAACAGAUGUUUUAUUGGAUCAAAACCUUGUUGCAAAAAUUAGCAGCUAUAACCUACCCUUAUUAGCAGAAAACAAGGGAAUGGUUGUCCAUGGAACAUCAUCUGGUGCAUCCAAAGAUCUUAGCACCAGUGCAAGGAUAAAUCAAGACCAGAAGGUUGAUGUUUAUGACUUUGGAUUAAUAUUGCUUGAAAUCAUUGUGGGAAGAUCAUUGACAUCUAAGAAUGAAGUGAGAGUUCUAAAAGAUCAGUUGCAAGCAAGCAUUACAAGUGAUGAUACUGCUCGAAGUAGCAUAGUUGAUCCAGUUGUGCGAAGAUCAUGCUCAGAUCAAUCCCUAAAGACAAUGAUGGAGAUCUGCGUAAGUUGUCUGCUUAAGAACCCUGCAGAUAGACCCUCCGUUGAGGAUAUACUAUGGAACUUGCAGUAUGCUGCUCAAGUUCAGGAUCCGUGGCGGGGAGACUCCCAGAGCAGUGAAGGAUCUCCAGUCUCACCUGCCAUACGACCGCGUUUACAUAUUACCAUUCAUUAGCAGUAACAUUCAGGUUUUUACAGUUUCUCUCAAUGAAAUCUCACUUCUUAUUUUACUUUGAAGUAUGGGCUUUGCCUCUGAUACGAGAAUGUAGUAGCGAAAUACUGGUACGGAUAUGACAUAUCUUCCAAGGUGUUGGGAAAAUACA